UAGUCCAUGACUUUUCAUCAGGCCAACAUUUUCUUCAACGACUCGAGCAUAGAGACAGAGGACUUUCACCAACCAACAAACAGCUUGUGUUAUUUCUAACUUUAAAAUAUGACAAUUAAGGAAUAGGAGCUUGAAAGUAUCAUCUAAAAUCAGUUGCCAGCAAAAGGCAGAGAAGUCUAACGGGAAAAAAGUACCAGAAGGUAUUGCCCAUCAUAGCUGUAAAAGGGAAAUUAUCCUACAUAAUCAGGUGUUUGAGCCAUAAAACAGCGACACGUUCGAGACCCAGCAAAUCAGGCAAGAAGCCAGACCAGGUAAAGCUCUCCGACAGGUAAAAGUCCUUAUUGCAACGAAACGAUUAAUGCAGCUUGUGGCAUAUAAGAGUAAGGGGUUGAGAGUUAGCAGCUGUCAGAGAGAAUCGAGUCUUCAGAUCGUCAACAACAUGGGCAACGUAAUGGAUCGCAAGGUGUCCUGCUCAGAAGCACGUGCCACGAAUACCACGCCCAUUCCGUUCGUGGCUCCCAAGGAGCAGGAGGCGAUUAAGCCAAAAGUAACCGAGCCGGAGGAGAUAGUCCCCAAUUUGACAUUCCAUUUGUUUAGCUAUCGCCAGCAAAUCGGCUGCAAGAAGCACCAGAUGAUGAAGUGGGCCACCUCCAAGCUGCUCUUAACAGAGGAGCUGCUAAAGCUGCAAAGGCAGCAUUUGGUAGAACCUAACAAGUCCUGGACUGACUUUGAUUCCUUACUGUCAGACGAGGAGGAUGAGGAAAACAAAGCUCCAGCCGGCGAUGAUCCGCUGGCUCAAGAACUGUGCCACCUAAAUAACUACCGACUGGAACUCAGGGGCACCAUUUUGGAGUUCGCCCAGGAGAAGAUGAAGAAGCGGGAGAAGAAAAAGCUGAAGCGUCUGAAACGUCGCACUCUUAUCUCCUCCAAGAAACCCAGUAACAAGAACAAAGUCAAGUACUGGCAUCCGCAAUCGGAAGACGACCAAGAACAGGAUCCCCAGGAUCCAACGGAGGUCAUUGUCAUUGAUUAGCCAAACACUAAUAGUUCGUAAGCCUUAGUUAGUUUAGUCGUUACAUUUGUUCUAAUUGUAAAUACCUAAUCCUAGUCUGUUUUUAUAGCCAUUAAAAUCGUACACAACACUCUAUAUUAAACAUUCAGCUUGCAUCCUCUAUUUGACCAACUGACUUUUGACGGGCGUUGGGGUUGGAACUCUGGGCCUGGCCCAAAUCAAAGUUC